CUCUUGUCAAAAUAUUGAUGCAAUGUUUCUUAAAAAGGAAAAUGUGCUAUUCAGGCUAUAAUCUGUAGAAUAGUUGAAGGUUGUAUUGAUAGAUCUAUCUACAAAGAGCUUAAUAUAGUGGUUGGUCAUGUGAUCUAGGGAGAUCGCCACAGCCAAUAGCCGCAACGGCCGUAACGGCCAACAAUCUGCGAGACAAAACGAGGUCGGGUGGGGCACUUAGCGAGGUCAACUUUUCUGCUUCCUGGCAUACGAGGGGAUAACAGCAUAUACACAUCACUACUCUUCAAUCUAGACCGAUCACGCCUUAGGUUAUUCUGCAGAUAGAUUCAAUUUUUUCCCCAGCGAGUUCUUUAGUUUAUUUAUUAUUCAGCUGGGGGGCGCUGUUCGAAACAGGUUCGUUCGUUCCGACAUGCAUCUUAGUUCUCUGGGAAUUGGGAAAGGGAAGCACAGUUUUCUGUUUGAAGGGACGGUAUUGGGUGUUGAGCAUUGGAUUGAGCAUUGGGGCGUUUUGACUUGCAUUAUUCGGGGCGGGGAAAGGGAUUUUGAAAUAGACUGGAUGGAGGCUUUUUCCUGCGGCAAGUGAUAUGUGGAAUGACGUCGGGGGAGGGUGGGGGUGAGAGGAUGGCUGUCGGAUGUUCGAUUUAGCAGGGAUUCCGGUGUGUACAGGAGUGUUACGUCAUCGAAGACGCAUCAACAGAUAAUCCGGUCCGCCACGCAGUCCGCGGAUCAAGGAUAAUCCGGGCGGCGGGCAGGGACUAGGGAGAGUUUUCUGCCGGCCCGGGGGCGGUUCGAGCCUUGUCUCUUGAGUUCUGGUUAAGUUGAGUGAGUUAGUUCAAGGUCAGGUCAACAUCAAUCAACGUCAGCCUUUGGCCUGGGGAUAGAUACACACUUGCAAUCCAUCAUCUUGUGGCCGGCAGAGAGGCAUCUAUUACUCUACCACUCUGUUUCUUUCCUCUCCCCUAUUAUCCUGAUCAGCUGCUGCUUCCUUCUCUUCGUCCUUUCCCCCCCAACACCCUGGGUUCUGCAGGCUUUUACCGCCGUCCACGCCCCGGGUAGUCACACCGCUAUCCCGGGUUGGGGCUAGUGUGGGUGUCGCUGCCUGUGUCUGUCUUGUCUGUCUGCAACCACCGCCUGCGCUGCUCUUCUUGCUGCGGUACAUCAACAUCCAGUCGAGUUCGCUCUGGCUGCAAAGACAACUACAGCCUAUCGCUCUCUCCGCUCGUUCCCCUCCUUCACGACAACGACGCCAACUGCUACAACUGAUAUAUCCCAUUCCUCCUUCACACUCCCCUCUCUGCCUUGCCCCCUUUCCUCUCCUUUUCUCUCCUCUCCUCCCCCAUCUUCUUCCCCCCUAUCCCCUACAUUCCCCUUGACUCGACUCUAUUCUCUAGCGUCCCCAAUUCCCCCCUCCCCCCUCCCCUUUACCCAUCUCUCACCCCUUCCCCUCCUUCUCAAGGGGGCCCCGCUGGGGUGAAAAAAUAACAAACUAAAAAAUAACAACAAUCCUCCUCUAAAUACCCGAAAAGUAACGAAACCUUGGGGAACAUAAUCGAUCGAAAAAAGAGGACAGUUGAUAAACCAUGCCGGCGGAACUUUCCGCUGAGGCUAUCAUCGCCAUGUCUCCCCACCCGGUCCUCGACAAUCCCGGCGAGAACAACAAAAAAAAUAAUAACAGCAAUAAUAUCGCCACCACCACUGCCUCCAUGACCCCGCCUGCCAGCGCAGAUGGCGAAAAGAUCUCCUCCUCCUCGUCCGUUGAUCAUAAUAAUACCUCCCCCUCCUCCGCUUCAUCGUCGACGUCCGAACUCUCAGACAUGGAACUCGAUUCCAAUUCCAAUUGCAAUUCCAAUUUAAAUACCGGUGCCAAUUCGAAUACCGCCACGGUGCCCGAGUCGACGACGACGACGACAACUGCGGCAGAUGAGAUUCAUCCCGAUCAUUAUUAUGGCGGUGGGAAGAUUCCGGUUUUUAAACCUACAAUGGACCAAUUCCGCGAUUUCUCUGCUUUUGUUCAGAAGGUCGAUAGCUACGGCAUGAAGUCUGGAGUCAUCAAAAUCAUACCGCCAAAGGAAUGGACCGAUGCCCUUCCCUCCCUCGAAGAAUCUGUCAAGACCAUCCGGGUGAAAAAUCCAAUCAUGCAGGAAUUCCACGGGUCACAUGGCACAUUCACACAGGCGAAUAUCGAAAAACAGCGCUCUUAUAAUUUACCACAAUGGAAAUCGCUCUGCGAGGAGAGCAGUCACCAACCCCCAGCCCGGCGGGGCGAGCGACGGCGAAACCAGGAAAAGGUGAACCGCGGCGCUACGAACAAAGCACAGUCGAGAUCCAACUCACAACGACGGAAACCUGGUCCCAAACCUAAGCGUGUGGAAGUGGAUAAACCUAUGGAGGAGUCUUCAGAGAACCAUGUGGAUAAAUCAAAGCCGGAAAGCCCACCCACCCCUGUCUCUCCGGAAUCGAAACCCGUAGAAACCAGAACAGAAAUACUCAGUGAUGGGGAGUCGCUGCCCGCUCCCAAACCGAAAGGAAGACAGCCCAAAUCUGUCUCUGCCAGGAGAAAAUACAACCGCGGCGAUGCAGCCGAUUACGUCGAUGAAGAAGCCUUUCAAGAUUUUGACUAUCGUCUUUCUGGUACAGAGGAAUUCACCCCUGAGCGAUGUGAGGAACUGGAAACCGCCUAUUGGAAAUCCUUAAUGUACAACAAUCCCAUGUACGGUGCGGAUAUGCCUGGAUCCCUAUUCGACGAUAGCGUAACGUCGUGGAACGUGGCCAAAUUACCCAAUCUUCUUGAUGUGCUUGGUCAGAAGGUUCCUGGAGUCAACACUGCUUAUCUAUAUCUGGGCAUGUGGAAGGCCACCUUCGCCUGGCACCUGGAGGAUGUGGAUCUGUAUAGUAUAAACUAUAUCCACUUUGGCGCCCCAAAGCAGUGGUACAGUAUAUCCCAGGAGGAUAUGGGAAAGUUCGAAGCGGCUAUGAAGAGUGUCUGGCCAUCGGAUGCAAAGAACUGCGACCAGUUCCUUCGCCAUAAGACUUACCUGAUCUCGCCAUCUCUUCUCAAGUCGCAAUUUGGCAUCUCCGUGAACAAGAUGGUCCACUAUGAGGGCGAGUUUGUCAUAACUUAUCCUUAUGGGUACCAUUCGGGAUUCAAUCUGGGCUACAACUGCGCUGAAUCUGUGAACUUUGCGACCGAAAGCUGGCUGGACUAUGCUCGGGUCGCGAAGAAGUGCCACUGCGAAGCUGAUAGUGUCUGGAUCGAUAUCGGUGAAAUCGAACGAAAACUGCGGGGUGAAUCAACACCAGAAUACUAUGACGAAAUGGGGAGCGAUCAGGAUGAGAUGGAUAUGGACGGGGUGUCGGAUCUACUUACGCCCCCUCGUAGCGUUCCUGAAAAGUCUGGGACUCGAGUCAGGAAAAGGAAACGGGAGGCCCAGGAAUCGAAAGCUAAGCGGGCUAAAUUGCAUGUGACUGGUCCGAAGAAGAUCCGCUGCGUGCUCUGUCCGAACAGCAUGGAUUACGAGGAACUUCUGGCGACGGAAGAUGGUAAAUCUCAUGCUCAUCGGAGGUGUGCCACUUACAUCGAAGAGACGACAAUCCUCAGGGACGAUUCUGGCACUGAGGUUGUCUGUGACGUCGAUAAAGUUCCCAAGGCCCGCCUGGGUUUGAAAUGUUUGUUCUGUCGCGAAAUCAACGGCGCAUGCUUCCAGUGCAUGCACGGAAAAUGUACCAGAGCCUACCACCCCACCUGCGCUCUGCUUGCUGGUGUACAAGUGGAGUAUGGAGCGGUUGCAGUGAUGGCUGAUGACGGCCUUGAAUAUUCCGUGCCCGGGGUUGAUUUAAAAUGCAAGUAUCAUCGACCGAAGAAGUAUGCGUAUAUGCAAGGAGAGACGCUGGAUUUGGACCCGAAGUUGACCCAGGUAGCGAGGAAUAUUCAGGCGGGGGAGUUGGUGCAGUUUCAGGCUGAUAAGGAAAUUAACGGGGCUGUUGUGCUUGAAAAUCGACCAGUGGAGAGGUCCGUGCUUGUCAAGGUUUUGCCGAGAGGUGAUGUGAUGGAAUUGCCGUAUAGAUUUUUGCUCAUAGUGAAAAAAUCUUCGUUCCCCCCGCUCCCAGCCGGAAUUAAACCCCUGCCAUCCCACCUUGCGCGAAAACCAGACGCCAAGAAAGAUUUGACUUCGUCCCUCCCGUCUCCCGGUACUCCAUUUGGUGAUGCGCGGUUUGUCUAUCAAUGGGGCGAGUUUAUUUCUGCGAAGCCUCCGUUCAAUUCAUCUAGUACAAAAGUUGAUCUAUCAAAGCCCGAGCAAAUAUGGUAUUAUCUAGGGAAGUCGUCGACGGAGUGUCGUGCACAGUACACCGAAAACCCCGAUAAGUUGUCGCACAAUCCCCGGUCAAAUUUUUUGGAGAGUGUAAAAUCGCUCAAUGCUCCCGUCGCGACAACUCAUCACCACCCCUCGUAUGCCCGCAAUUACCCCUCCAGCCCAUUUACAAGGCACCCAACCGCACCACAACGCCCCACAGUAACGUCUGUUUCAGUUUCGCAACCCACACAAACCGCAACGGCCAAACCACAACCCGUAAAAUCGCCUACUGUUGCUACUACCACUACUACUGCUGCUGCUGCUGCUACUGCUUCCACCACCACCAAUACUACCGCCAAUAUUGCCCAUAAUUUAAUCAAGUCUCAACCAGUUAAAUCUUCGCAAUUCAUAUCCCAGUCGCCCACUUCACACCCAACCAACUCUCAACUGCCAAUUGAAAAGUUACAACCGCCGGAACCUCAUAAUAAUAACCAUAAAAUGUCAGUAUGGGCUGGUGACAUCACAUCCCAGUUCACCAUGGCCAGACGUCUUGUGGCUUCGAUUACAGAUCACGCCAACCUUCGCGCUGGAUAUACCAUUGUCAAUUCCGACUUUGUCGUCCAGACGCUUCUGGGACAGGCUGGUUCGGUACUUCCCAAGAAUGGAAUGGAAAAGCUCAAGACGGCAAUGUCGGAAUCUAUGGUUAAGCCCAAAGGCAGCAAUCAAAAUAUUAAUAAUAAUAACACUAAUAAUAACGACGCUGACUACGCGCCGUUGCAACCGUUAAACAUGAAGGCAGAUGAAGUAGAUCACCUGCUACGGAUGCUGCGGUUUGCUCUUAUGAAUCUCACCCCAAAGGGGACAACGGUAGCUGAAAAAAAGCCCCCGGAAGAAAAAGCCCUGCAGGAGGUACCUGUUAAUGAACCCUGCGGUCCGCGGCCCAAGUUUGAAGGGAAGUAUGCUUAUCUCGACAUGCAACGGCACCAGUCGGCUACCGUGUACCAAUCGCCAUAUGCGCCUGGGUUUGGGUUUUCAGACUAUGCUCGGCGGGAGUAUAAUCUAAUUGGUGAGGUGUUUGCAGAGCCGAAACCGUCAUUGGCUAUUCAGUAUUUUGACGGUCUUUCCCGGGAGGAUAAGGAAAAGGUCAUUGAGGCUUGUGGGGUGGAUGUUACGGUUCCAAGAAGGAAGAUACGCAUGCAAGUACCGACUGUGGAGGAGCAUUUGGCGCUUGACACUGGCCCCGGUAACCACAAUAAUCAUCAUGUUGGGGUCCUGGGUGUUGGCGUUUCCAGAUUCGGACAACAACCAUCUUCAUUAUCCUCGACGUCGUCAUUCCCUGUCCCGUCGUCUCUAGAUGCCAUGACUCUCGACGAUCCUCACCACCACCUCCACGGCCUCCACAACCACGCGCAAAACCACAACCACCUCUCCGUAUUCGACAUGCACAUGUCCAUGACCAUGCCCCUCCCCGCCACUGCUGACUCCCCCGCUUCUGCCUCCGGUUGCUCGACCUUUGGCCGGCCCCCACUCCGUUACCAAUCCCCACACGAUUUCUCCCUCCACAUCGAGCACGAAUCCUCCAUCCUCCCACGCCAUCUCCAGCUGCAUGACCACGACCUCUUCGGCGACCAACAGGCGAACCAGCGCUUCUGGCAGCGCAGCGUCGGGCCGUGGGUUGAUGGCGAUUGCGGCAAUAGCGAUGCGGGCGGUGGCGGAAAGUUGCCCGUUGAUGGGCGCGAGAGGGAUGACGAGCAUAGACCGUUCUUCGGACCGCAUGAGAGGCCGGCAGGGUUUGGGAGUGCUGGGAAUGAUUAUGCGUCGUCGGACUUAGAUAUGGGGAGGGGUCCGGGAUCGUUGCACAGUAUGGAUAUGGCUGGGUUUGGGUUUGAUGGGCCGGACGAGGGGGGAAGUCCUUGAUUAAGGAAUCGGGUUAUUUUUGGUUUUGAAAACCACAUCAUCCGCUCCGCCCGGCGGUGUCCCGUUUACGUCUUUUGAACGACGUGCUAGCCCUCCUUGGCAUAUUGGAGCUCCGUUGCAUGACGGUUUAUGCGCAAACAAACGCUGUUUAUGCGCCAGCGCUGCUUCAUUCCUGUCUAUGAGCGAGGCCACUGAUUCCGUCCUUGUCCCCGCGUCCGGAUCCCCGCCAACCCAUCCACUUUGCUUUCUCAAUGGGAACGAGAAUAACGACAACGAAAAUAAAAAUGAAUUCAUUGCCUAUUUUGUUUGCCUUGCUUGCGUGCUUGCCUGGUUGCGUUUUUUGAGUCUUUUUCUCGCAUGCUUCGUGGUGCUGCGCAUAUCAUGAUAUGUUAUGACAUCUACUGAUCUUCAUCUACCCUGAGGUCCUUGGAACCCCGUUCCCUACACCCUUAUUUAACUUGUUGCAAUCCGGGGUUCUGCAUCCUGCAUUCUGCACUCUGCGCCGUGGGUGUUUGUUUGAUUUGUUUGCCUCGUGUUGCUUCUUGCAUAUUACAACACUGAAAACGAAAAUUCAUGAGGGAAACAGAAAAAAAAUAAAAUAAAAACACACAUAAUGUAUAGAUGAUGCCUGCUUGUUUGGUUUCGCUCGUUCGUUUUUGACCCAAAAAAGAAACACUCACGACCGAUAUGAUAUGACCCUCCGUCCCCGCCCAAUCUGUGUAAUUCAUUCCGCAUUGUCGAAUUUUUUACUUACUACCUGCUACACUCGCCCCUGAUAUUAUGCCACGUUACACUAUUCCAUUUGCAUGUGCUACGAAGCACUACGGACAAUGGACAAAUAUCAGAAACAGCCAUUCCACAGACAUAUAUACAUACAUACAAUGAGAUGAGAAACGAUUUUUGCCCCCCCCCUUGUUUUUAAUGAUCUUGGUAUUUUUGAGAUACGAUUCUUUCUUUUCCCCGCUUCUUCGGUUUCCUUCGUGCUUGUGACAUGGGGAUGGGACAGGUGUGAAUGAAUGGGGAAGAACGAGAUAGGAAAGCAAAAAGUGGAAAAUACAAAAUAUUCACUCUUCCCCCCCUCCCUCUUGCCCCCUACCCUUCUCAAAACGCUACAAAUUCAACAUUUAACACAACCCACACCUCAUCGCCCCAUUGCAUCUCAACAUAAUUUCCGAUUCUCCUCCUUAUUACAUCCCUGUUGUCUAUGCGUACGAUAUUCCCCAAACAAAAGCUAGCUCUCUGAAUUCGCUCUCCCCAUCUCCACUUCUUGCCCCCUUCUCUCUCAGAUGAGAAAGUUUUCUUAAAAAAAUGUUUUUCCUUUUUUGGCCGUUUCUACCAUUGCCCUAUUGUUGCCUUAAAAGAAAUAAGCUGUUUACUUGAUAUCCCAACCCCCGGCUCCUUUUUUGCCCUUUAUUUGCGGUUUGGCCAGGUUUGGGGCAUGGAGGUAUGGGGGUGACAAAAGAUAGGAAAAAUGGACGACUGAUUUGGCUGGUACCGCACUAUGAGCUAGUUAGAUAGAUAUUUGGCCGUUUUUUUCUUUCAUUCUUUCUUUUUUUUUCAAAAAAAACAUUCUCCUUUUUCAUUUUUAUUAACUAUAUGUAUACCUUUUAGCUUAGUUAGCUUAAGAGGAAAAAGGAAGAAGGAAAAAGAAAAAGAAAAAGAAAAAAAAG